AUGGAUUAUUAUAAUACACUGCUCUUUGAUGAUACUUUUAAACAACUGUAUACACCAAACAUAGUAUCGAUCAUUUUAACUUUGAUAUCAACUAUAAUAAUAAUCGAUCAUUUGAGACGUCAAAAACAACUACAACAACAACAACUACAACAAAAGUGUAAUAAUAAUAAUAAUAAUCCUACUCCUCCACAAAUAACAACAACAACAACAACAACAAAUAAUAAUACAUGUAAUUGUUGUUCAUCAAGGUGUAAAAAGAAUAAUAAUAGUAAUAAUAAAGAAACGACAUUGGAUAGUUUUGGAGAUGAAUCAUUUGAUAACUGCGUUACACCAACAUCGUCGUCGUCGUCGUCGUCACUUCAAUAUAAAUAUCAAAAUGGAGCAACCAUGACAACGACACCCAACCAUCACCAAUACCUCAAUGCAUCGACAACCCAAAUGAAACAACAUCCCUCGCCACCCUCCAACUCAUCCUCUCCGCAACCAUACUCUCAACAAUCUUCCUCUUUCUUGUCACCAUUAAACUAUAUCACUGGUUCAAGUAAAUGUGAAUCUUUGGAAGACGAUGACAAUAAUAACAAUCAACAAGAUAUUAAUAAUAACAAUAAUCAACAAGAUAAAGAAGAAGAAGAAGAAGAAGAAAAAGAGGAUAAAGGAAACCAACCAACAUCAUCAAUACCUCCAUCACUUGGUGUAUCUACAGACUCUAAUAAUAUAUUUGGUGGAGGAGGAGGAGGAGGACAAGAUCUUAGUAAAAAGAAGAAAAAGAUGGGCGAUAAAAGUAAAAAGAAUCAAUCUUAUUUUGUGUCUACUUAUUACUCAAAAUAUGAAGUACCCAAAGAAACAUCAUUCACAGUUGAACCUGUCGAGGAACAAGAAAAUGAUGAAUCUGAAUCGGUUCAAUUUGAUACACCACCACAAAAGAAUCCAACAUCAUCAAUCGAAUUUGAAGAAUUGGAUAUAUCUAAACAACCACCAACAACAACAACAACAACGGCAACAUCAAAAACGAUUAAAUUAAUUCAACCUACCAAUCCUUCAAACAUGACACAAGCACCUUUAUAUCUCCCCAAUUUAUUGUAUAGUAGUGUUGGUAAUGCAAUCACAGAAUCUCCAUCUUCCAUAAGAUCUUUGGAAAGUCUAAGUUUAUCAUCUUCAACUAGUAAAUCAAUUACAAAAAGAAAAAAAACUUGCAUAUUACCUCAAAUUUUACAUUUAAAAUGGAAAACAUCAAUUAAAAAAGUAUUGGUAAUACAUAAAUUUCAUGAUAUGGAAGUGUUGAGAGCAGCCAAAGAGGUAGGAGCCUAUUUGAAUGAAUUGGGAAUACAGACAGUUUGUGAAUCUGAACAGAUUUGUGAAUGUCCGACUGCUAGAUCGCUAGAAGAGAUUAGUGAUCCUUUUGUAAUUGAUUUUAUCGUGUCGUUGGGUGGAGACGGUACCAUCCUUCACACAUCCUCACUCUUCAAGACAUACAUGCCUCCCAUCAUAUCAUUCAACAUGGGUUCACUUGGUUUCCUUACAACUUUCGAGCCAGACAAUUGGAAAGAACACAUAAAGAAUGUUAUUGAUGGUAAAUGUUUUGUAUCUUAUAGAUUAAGAUUAGCUUGUACAGUUGUUUCAAAAAAUGAAAGUAAUACAUAUCAAGUAUUAAAUGAAGUUUCAAUUGAUAGGGGUAAUAAUCCAUAUCUUUCACAUUUGGAGUGUUUGUGUGAUGACAAACCAAUUACGGUGGUACAGGCCGAUGGAUUGAUCAUUGCAACUUCGACGGGAUCGACUGCCUACUCUUUGUCUGCGGGUGGAUCGCUCGUUCAUCCGGCUAUUCCAGCCAUGCUCAUCACACCCAUCUGUCCACACACACUCUCUUUUAGACCGGUCCUACUACCUUCGACGUCGACACUUAUCAUUCGAGUUCCCGAGACUUCCAGGUGCUCUGCAUGGGCAUCGUUUGAUGGUAAGAAUAGACAUGAAAUCAAACAGGGUGACUAUGUGGUCAUUAGCACUAGCAAAUGGGCGGUACCCGUCAUCUGCAAGACCGACGAGAAUGGAGAAUGGUUUGAAAAACUGGCAAACAAUCUAAAUUGGAAUACUAGAACCAUCCAAAAAUCUUUCCAAUCCUCUUCUCCACCAACCUUUUCAACUACAAAUACUAGUUUAUUACCUUCUCCUUCUUUAUAA